AUCACUUUCGCACGUUGAAGUAAAUACUGUUCGUCGCAAUUGGGGGUGCAUAAAUCUGGUGAAUAAACUAAAUGCUCGUCGCAUCUGAAAAAUGUUGUUGAAUCUUCGUCUCGAUGGAUGUAGCUUACACGUUCUCUGCUCCACGAAAACCUUACCGAUCUUCCCUCUCGAUAAAGUCCCAUCCUUUAAGAAAGUGAAGCAGAAUUACGUACCGGGAACCCACGACGGUGACAAAGGAUCCCAGAAAAGCACCAGACACUGCGACCGAGGAGGAAUUGGCACUGUUGCCCACGAAGUCAUAGCCGGAAAAAACCUUCUUAUUGUAAACCCAGGUGAUAAUAUCAUCGUAAAAUCAAGGAUUUGUGAUGGGUUUGUUGAUAAGAGAGCCAAAGAUGCCGGAAUCGGUGGGAACGGUGUGUUCGGUAAAGUGCACGCCAAGUGUUCGACGAAAGGUCUAAACUACGGAGGAUGUAUUCCCGCCAUUUUAGAGGCUCUGGAUCGUGUUGAGGAUGUUGAAGAGGCGUUGAGUCCAUGGGCGGAGAGGCUUAGCAACAAGGAGAGGACGAUUAUUUUGAAGGAGCAGACGCGGUGGGAGAGAGCGGUGGAGAUUUUCGAGUGGUUUAAGAGCAAAGAAUGCUAUGAACUGAAUGUUAUUCAUUACAAUAUCAUGCUUCGGAUUCUUGGGAAAGCUCGUAAAUGGAGGUAUGUGCAGAGUCUAUGGGAUGAAAUGAUGAGAAAAGGCAUCAAGCCGAUUAAUUCAACGUAUGGGACUCUCAUUGAUGUUUAUAGCAAAGGCGGGCUUAAAGUACAUGCGCUUUGUUGGCUAGGGAAGAUGAGCAAGAUUGGGAUGCAGCCUGACGAGGUUACAACGGGGAUUGUUCUUCAAAUGUAUAAGAAGGCAAGAGAAUUUCAGAAAGCAGAGGACUUUUUCAAGAAAUGGUCGUUUGGGAUGGGAGACAACAAUGUGGAAUCUCAUGUUUGCUUGAGCUCUUAUGCUUACAACACGAUGAUUGAUACGUACGGUAAGUCCGGCCAGAUAAAAGAGGCUUCAGAGACGUUCAAGAAGAUGCUAGAAGAAGGUAUUGUGCCAACCACGGUGACUUUUAAUACCAUGAUACAUAUGUAUGGCAACAACGGUCAGCUUGGAGAAGUGAGUUCCUUGAUGAAGAUGAUGAAGCUUCAGUGCUUACCUGAUACAAGAACAUACAACAUUCUCAUUUCGCUUCACACGAAGAACAACGAUAUUGAAAAGGCAGGGGCCUACUUCAAGGAAAUGAAAGACGCUGGGCUUAAACCGGAUCCUGUAAGUUACCGCACCCUACUCUAUGCAUUUUCUAUAAGACAUAUGGUUGAGGAAGCUGAAGAGCUUGUAGCGGAGAUGGAUGGUAAUGAUGUUGAGAUUGAUGAGUACACGCAAUCCGCUCUCACUCGAAUGUAUAUAGAAGCAGAAAUGAUUGAGAAAUCAUGGUCAUGGUUCAAAAGGUUUCAUUUUGCGGGUAAUAUGAGUUCUGAAGGCUAUUCAGCCAACAUUGAUGCCUAUGGUGAGCGUGGAUAUCUAUCAGAAGCCGAGAGAGUAUUCAUCUGCAGCCAAGAAGUGAACAAGAGAACAGUUCUUGAGUACAAUGUGAUGAUCAAAGCGUAUGGAAUCGGUAAAAGCUGUGAAAAGGCGUGUGAAUUGUUUGAGAGCAUGAUGAGUUAUGGGGUCACACCGGAUAAGUGUACAUACAACACUCUUGUACAGAUCCUCGCGAGCUCUGACAUGCCUGAUAAAGCCAGAGGCUACCUGGAAAAAAUGAGAGAAACUGGAUACGUGAGCGAUUGCAUACCUUACUGUGCGGUAAUAUCGAGCUUUGUGAAACUUGGUCAGCUCAAUAUGGCAGAGGAAGUGUAUAAAGAGAUGGUUGACUUCAACAUAGAACCCGACGUUGUUGUUUAUGGAGUCUUGAUCAAUGCCUUUGCGGAUACAGGAAACGUUCAAGAAGCUAUGAGUUAUGUAGAAGCCAUGAAAGAAGCUGGGAUUUCAGGAAACUCUGUUAUACACAACUCUCUGAUCAAACUCUACACUAAAGUCGGGUACUUGAGUGAAGCUGAAGCUAUAUACAGAGAGCUUCUUCGAUCUUGUAACAAGACUCAGUAUCCUGACGUAUACACAUCGAACUGUAUGAUCAACCUGUACAGCGAGAGGUCGAUGGUGAGAAAAGCAGAGGCGAUAUUCGAUAGCAUGAAACAGAGAAGAGAAGCAAACGAGUUCACGUUCGCAAUGAUGCUGUGCAUGUACAAGAAGAACGGUAGGUUCGAAGAAGCGACUCAGAUAGCGAAACAGAUGAGAGAGAUGAAGAUUCUCAACGAUCCUUUGAGUUACAACAGUGUUCUUGGUUUAUACGCAUUGGACGGGAGAUUCAAAGAAGCUGUCGAGAUUUUCAAAGAGAUGGUUUUGUCCGGGACUCGACCCGAUGAUUCGACGUUUAAAUCACUUGGAACCAUUUUGAUUAAACUCGGGUUAUCGAAGAAAGCUGUUCGUAAGAUCGAGGAAGUGAGGAAACAAGAGGUUAAGAGAGGAUUAGAUCUUUGGAUCUCAACACUUUCGUCUCUUGUUGGGAUUCAAGAUUGCGAUGAGCUUUAGGGUUUAAGAGUUGUUUUGGUAGAUGUUUAGCUAAAUCAAUGUAUAUAAGAACCGUUUAAAAGACUAUGUAAAUCUUUGAAACGGGAGAUUAUACAAAAUUGAACAAAAAAAGAAGCA